CGAUCACUGUAAGUCAUUCACAGAAAAGGGAUACUGCACAGGAGAGAUUGCGAUGCGUUUAACGUACUAGAGAUUUUAUUCCAGCGGCAGGACAUUUUAAGGCUACAGAAGGAUUGCUAUCCGUUUCAGCACAGCCCUGCAAACUCGAAGAUGACGUGUUCGUUAUGCCUGUGUGCAUUCCAGAGGCCCACCUUGGCAGGUAGAUGAGAGGUCGGCCUCCGUCACCAUGACAGUGUUGCCGUGGGGCGUGGCUUCCCUGGCUGUGCCCGGCCUUAUCCUCUGUUUCAUCACUCUUCCAUUUCCAGUUACAUUAUCCCAGAGGCCCCCUGCACCCACAGAGCCCAUCCCAACGCCAGAACACCACACAAGGCCAGAGUGUACCCGCCUAGAGCACCCCAUUGUCUCUAUUCAAGCACUAAGCCCAUUGAUCUCCACUUUCUCCCACCCUGGGGUUAGAGACUACUCCCAGCUUACCCUUGAUCUCACCCGGAAUGAACUUAUAGUGGGAGCGAGAAACUACCUCUUCAGAUUGAAUUUAAGCAACAUUUCACUAAUUCAGGCAACGGAAUGGGGCCCAGACGAAGACACCAGGAGGUCCUGUCAAAGCAAAGGGAAGACAGAGGUGGAGUGUCAAAACUACAUCCGAGUGUUGCUUGUCAACAAGACAGAGGUGAUCACCUGCGGUACCAAUGCCUUCCAGCCUCUUUGCAUCACCAGAGAGGCAGGGAACGUGAGCAGAGUUUUGGAGAGGGUGAACGGAGUGGCCCGCUGCCCCUAUGACCCCCGUCAUAACUCUACCGCUGUGGUGACUGAAAGGGGAGAGCUGUAUGCCGCCACGGUAAUCGAUUUCUCCGGUCGGGACCCUGUCAUCUACCGCAGCCUAGGAGGAAUGCCCCCUUUGCGGACCGCCCAGUAUAACUCCAAAUGGCUUAAUGAACCUCACUUCAUCUCAGCUUAUGAUGUGGGUCUUUUUACCUUCUUCUUCUUGAGAGAAAAUGCAGUGGAGCAUGACUGCGGAAAGACAGUUUACUCAAGGGUGGCACGGGUCUGCAAGAAUGACAUAGGAGGCCGUUUCCUUCUGGAGGACACAUGGACCACCUUUACCAAGGCCCGGCUCAACUGCUCACGCUCGGGAGAGAUCCCCUUUUACUACAAUGAGCUGCAGAGCACCUUCCACCUGCCCGAACAAGAUCUCAUCUAUGGCAUCUUCACCACCAAUGUGAACAGCAUUGCUGCCUCUGCAGUUUGCGCAUACAACCUCAGUGCGAUCACACAGGCUUUCAACGGGCCCUUCCGCUCCCAGGAGAACCCUCGCUCCACCUGGCUGCCUACUCCAAACCCAAUCCCCAACUUCCAGUGUGGGACCAUAGAUGAAGAAGGGCCCAAUGAGGGACUGACAGAACGCAGUCUACAGGAUGCCCAGCGGCUCUUCCUCAUGAAUGAUGUGGUCCAGCCUGUUUCUGUGGACCCACUAGUCUGGCAGGAUGACGUGCGGUUCUCCAAGUUGGUAGUCGAUAUUGUACAGGGGCAGGAUACUUUGCACCAUGUCAUGUACAUAGGCACAGAGUAUGGAACUAUUCUUAAGGCCCUGGCAACCACAAAUAAGAGUUUGCAAGGUUGUUACUUGGAGGAGAUGCAACUCUUCCCUCCUGGUGUGCGGGAGCCAAUCCUGAGCCUUCAGAUUCUCCAUGGCGACAGAACUCUUUUUGUGGGCUUGAAUGACAAAGUGCUUAAGAUCCCACUGGCAAGAUGCUCCAGCUACAAAACAGAACUGAUGUGUUUGGAUGCCAGGGACCCAUACUGUGGCUGGGACCGAAAGCAGCGCCAUUGCACUACUAUAGAGGACAGCUCCAAUAUGAGCCAGUGGUUCCAAAACAUCACUGCAUGCCCGCUGAGGAACCAAACUGCAGAUGGCACAUAUGGGCCCUGGGAUCCAUGGCAACCCUGUAUCCACGAUGACGGCGAAGGCACCAAUACGUGUCUCUGCCGAUCACGGAUCUGUGAUAGCCCAACUCCUCGCUGCGGAGGUAAAAACUGUGAGGGUCCCACCAUUGAGGUUUCCAACUGUUCAAGGAAUGGAGGAUGGACACCCUGGUCGUCCUGGGGCCAGUGCAGCACAAGCUGUGAAAUUGGGUUUGAAGUUCGCCAGCGAUCCUGUAACAAUCCUUCGCCCAGGCAUGGAGGCCGAGUGUGUGUGGGGCAAAGCAGAGAACAGAGAUUCUGCAACGAGAAGGAUUCGUGCCCUCAGCCCAUCUUCUGGUCAUCCUGGUCGCCCUGGUCUAAGUGCAGUUCAGAGUGUGGGGGAGGAGUGCACUCUCGCUCCAGAAACUGUGAAAAUGGAAAUAGCUGUCCAGGGUGUGUGCUGGAGUAUCAGGCGUGCAACCUGGAGUCCUGUCCAGAGGUACGCCGAAACACCCCAUGGACUCCCUGGGUACCGGUGAACUUCACCCAGGGUGGAGCACGGCAGGAGCAGAGGGUACGCUACAUCUGCCGGGCUCAACUGGCUGACCCUCAUGAGCUCCAACUGGGCAAACGGAAGGUGGAGACACGUUUCUGUCCAAACGAUGGGACGGUAACCUGCGAAACAGACUUUCUGGUUGAGGAGCUUCUCAGGAUGCCUGGUGUUCGACUGACAGGCUCUGGCUGGUCAUCGUGGGAGAUGUGGUCAGCUUGCACACAGGAUUGUGCCAAAGGCUACCGCACUCGCAAACGCACCUGCACCAGCAUAGAAGGCAAAAGCAUUCCCACCGUUUGCCGGGGCUCUCCAGUAGAAUAUCAGGACUGCAAUCCUCAGCCCUGUCCAGUUAACGGCGCCUGGUCUUGCUGGUUGUCAUGGUCACAGUGUUCAGUGCCCUGUGGAAGCGGGCACUACCAACGAACGCGUACAUGCACCAGCCCGGAACCUGCCAGUGGAGGGGACAUCUGCAUCGGCCUGCAUACAGAGGAGGCCCUUUGCAACACGCACACCUGUGAUGGUGGGUGGAUGACCUGGUCGGUGUGGUCUGAUUGUGAUGACUCGGGCUUGCAGCUGCGCAGUCGAGUGUGUGGGGCUCAGACCAUGCGAUGUGUGGGAAACAGCACCCAACACAGAGACUGCAAUGAGAUCCCAGCAAUUCUCCCAGCAUCUAGUUAUGACAAGGACCAGCAGUGUGGGGGGUUCACUCUCCUGCACCUGAUAGCUACUGGCGUGUCAUGUUUCCUGGGUGCGGGUCUGCUGUCCUUUCUGGUGUAUGUGUACUGCCAGCGGUUCCACAAGCCCUCGCAGGAGUCUGCUGUCAUCCACCCCACCACUCCUAACCACCUCAACUACAAAGGAAACACCACACCAAAGAAUGAAAAAUACACACCCAUGGAGUUCAAGACUCUGAAUAAGAACAAUUUGCUGCCAGACGAGAGGACUAACUACUUCCCUUCCCCGCUUCAGCAGACAAAUGUGUACACCACCACAUACUACCCCACAGCACUUGGCAAAUAUGACUACCGCCCUGACUCCUCCCCGUCUCCAUGCAGAACCUAUAACCACAACAGUAACAGCUGAGACAUGUAUUCAAUACGUAGCUUUAUCGCCAUGGUGAUAAGGCUGCUCUGGACAUCACCUCCUAAACCCUUCAAUUUUCCCACCCACACACUCCCUGCACCUGAGUGAUGAGGAAAAAGUUAGGUGCUUUUCUCCAACAUUCCAACAGAUUUUUCCCCUUACUCUCUCCCCAGAGGAUCAUGUCACCUACGUCAUGCCUUAUGGUGUUUGAUGGGGAAAAAGACCAGUGUUUUUAAACAGCACUUUUAAAAGGAUGAACAAGAUUGUGUAGAUGCUCUGACUUUGAUGCAUUGAUGUCUUGAUUGAUCUUUGCAGAGCUCCAGUUACUGAAAGGAGAUUCUGCUGAAGCUAAAGGUGGGAAGACAAAAUUGCUCUGGCUCUUGUCUGAUCUCAUUUAUUUACAUUACAUUUAUGUAUUUUAUAGACACUUCUAUCCCAAGCGAUUUAUAGGUCAUUCGAUGUAUACAUGUUAUCAGUUUGUGUGUUCCUGGGAAACUAACCCAUGAUCUUGGCAUUGCUAAUGCCAUGCUCUACCAGUUGAGCUACUGACAUCACAUACCACUCCAACAAUAUCUAUUAGAGGAAUGUACUGUACUUUGGCACAUUGUGGCAGCCUUCUCUUCUUUUCAGAAUAGAUGGAGAUAAGACAAUGAGAGCAAUCUAUGCUGGCAUUAUUUGGUUUGGUUAGAUCUGCCAGAAUUGUCAUAUCUUUGGAUGCAAAUCUAAGGAUUUCCCACUGACUUCUAACCUUUGAGAAACAUCUACAACUCUCUGAGGACAAGACAAGAGACAAAAACCAUCUUCUAGGUGGAUCAUUUGGAACAAGUGCUGCAACAAAAAAUAAAGCUUAAAAAAGGUGCAGUGGGGGUGCUAUUGUAUUGUGCUUUGUUUUGGGACCUUUCAGAUCGGACCCUUAUCAUAAUGGAUAUAUAGAUAUCAGCUGACGUAUAGCACACAACAAAAGCAUAAGGCAAAAAGAAUGGUCAUUCGUUCUCGGAAAAGUAGAAAACAAAAUGUUUUACUGGCGAAUGCAUGGAAACUGAGGAAUAUUGUACCAACAUGGAAUAUGCUAAGGUAUAAAGCGAACAUGUUCUACGAAGUGAUUGUAUGUCUUGGUCGUCAUAUUAAAUAUGACUGGGUUUGAACCAAGAUGGACUAUUUUAUUAUGAAGACAAAUUUAGGAAAUACUGAUAGCUUGGCACUUGUUUUCUAUGAUUAUAUUAAAGAAGGAAUUAUUUGGCAGUUGAAUUGACAAAAGCUGUAGGAUAGUUGUACAAUAGAGUUUAUUUAAGACAUUUCAAACGUUGAGGCUCUGAAUACUAUAUAUGAAAAGUUUUCUCUCACUUCAUAUUUUAUUUUCUACUGUUUACACAUGGUCUAUUUGUAACUAUACACCAUUUGAAGCAUCAUAUAUUCAUAAAAUUGCCUGAAGAGCAAAUCCCUGUCUUUAUCAUAUCAAACAAUAUGAGAGGUCUGAAAGUCAAUGUGUGCAGCACUAUGUGCUUAAAGGAAUAGUUCACCCAAAAUUUUUAUUCUGUCAUUAUAUACUCACCCUUUUAUGUUGUUUAAAACCCGUAUGACUUUCUUUCUUCCAUUGAACACAAAAUGACCUGUUAGGCAGAAUGAUAGCCUCAGUCACCAUUUUAUUGUAUCUUUUUUCCAUACAAUGAAAGUGAAUGGUGACUGAGGCUUUCAGUCCUUUUGUGUUACACUCAGAAUGUUUCCAAUAGGCAUCAGGCCCACAUUCCAGAUGUCAUUCUUCAUUUUCCGUGUAUAUUUUUCAAUAAAAGCGAUUCAGAAAUGGCGACUCUUAUGGGGAUAUAGUAUUUAUGGUAUGUUUGGGUUAAGUUAAUUGGAGACCUUAAAUUGCCCAUAGGUAUGAGUGAGAGUGUGAAUGUGUAUAUCUGUGUGUGUUGCCCUCUGAUGGACUGGCCACCUGUCCAGGGUGUUUCCCUGCCUUCGACCAGAGACUGCUGGGAUAGGCUCCAGCACUACCCGCGACCCUGCAUAGGACAAGCGGCUAUAGAAGAGGAUGGAUGGAUGGAUGACAUGCUUGGUUUCUAAAGGGCGUUGAAAAACUAAACUAAGCUAUUUUAUCAUGCUUUUUUAUUGAACCCUAAGCCGGCCAUGCUUUCAGCUAAGCAUGAGCACAUAGGUUGUACAUAAAUUAUGCCCCACCAUAAAAAAGUAAUGAUAUCCAAAAGUUAGUAUAAUGUAUAUUGUAAAGCUAACACUGUUUUUUUAAAGCCUUAUAGAUGUAAAAUAAUAUGUGCAGCAGCUGUGUAAAUAUUAUCAACCAUAGAGACUGUGGGGAUGGAGCCUGUCAGUGAAUCUGGUGAGAUGUUUUCAUCAUUUGACUGCAAUGGAGAGAAUCGGCUUGUAGAACAACCCUGAUUGUUAACAUUCUUGAGUCCCUACAAAAUUGUUAGUUAAGAAAAUAUUUUUAUUUUUUUUUCCAGUAGGCCUAUUAUUGAACUGUGCAUAAUUCAUACGGAUUGUUAAUAAUUACAUUUGUUACAGUUCGCAUGACACUUGGUUCACAUGUUAUAAUCUAACAUUAAUUGAGGCUCUUCCAUAUCAUGCUCACAAAUUAAAUUCAAACACUGUUUAUUCACUCUUUUUUCCUCCCAAGUACCUGUUUAAAUUAGAGACUUUUUUCCCCUGUAUCUCUAAAUAAUCAUAACAAUCCCUGAUAACUAAAAUGCAUUGCUAUUUUAAAGAUACACUACUGGGCUCCAGGCUUUCUAAAAUUUUUGUUGAUUUCUACAGUGUGGUCCAAAACACUCCAAAACCACUAGUAAAAAAAUUUCCAUUCCAUUCAUUCUAAAGUUUAAAUAGAUUUUUUAUUAUGCUCCCCUUUUGUGUUAGUGACAGCAUGCAUUCAAGCUGGCAUAGACUCCAUAAGUUUGUGAAAAACCUGAAGAUCCAUGUUAGUCCAGCAUGAUUUGAGAAUCUUUCAAUGGAAGCAAGUAAACAUGUGUUUGCAUUGUAUGUCAUUUUGACUUAAGUAUAUUUGUUAGUUUUUUGUUAAAAACUUUCUUGUUCAUUUCCAUAUUUUUUUAAGUGUCAUGCAACAGUUUUGAACCUCACUGUACAUAUGAAAAGAAAUCAAGGAUAGACAAACUCGCAGCUCAUAUUCAAAUUUAAAUCCUCACAUUCGCUCCCAUGUGCCUGUCUAGAUAAAAUAUGUUGGAUGAGUUGUGUUUUAAAAGGGGUAUCUCUGCUAUUGAACAGGCAUGAAGUUAGACGAUGCAAUGAGGCGCUCCAUCCCUGCAAGGCUUGGUGCCCUUCUAUGCAACUGACCUGGUGGUUAGCUAUGCGAUGUAGACUGUAAUCACUGCCUUUUAGACACUGUGAAUUUUUAGUACUCUAUAUUUUUGUACAUUGUAAAAGAUAAUAAAUCUUGAUGCCAACCCGGUCUAACUUGAGCCGAUUUGUCCUUCCCAGCCUCUCUCACACACCAUCAAUCUAGGUCACAUAGCUGUCUCCCAUAGAGUGAAAGGUAAGCGUUUUCAAAUUGUCAUGUUUUUAAAUCCAAUGUCAGGUUCGCUAUAACACACUCACAUUUGUAUGUUUAGGGAUAUGCUUGGCAGGCUGAAUGAAAUAGGACCUAAAUGCUUAAAACACAUACACACCAUUUUCUCAUGUGCUAAGUGUACAAUACUAUUAUUGGAAGCCGAAGCAUUGUCAAAUAGAGAUGUUCAACCGUGACGUAAAUUUGUAGGCAAACAUGAAAGGCUAAUUCGCUAUAGGUUACCUUAGGAAUUUUCUAUGGGUUUUUAUAAUGGGGAUUUUCAAUUUAUGAGUAAAAUAAGGUCUGUGGUAAUCAUUAAUUGAAGAUACUUGGAUGUAUUGUUCUGCAACAUAAAUUACAUACCUUAAACAUGAUAAAUUAUGAAUUUGUGUCAAAUUC